AUGUCUGCUGAGUGGGAGGACAUACGAAAGAUGAGUUGGCACAUCGUGACCAUAGCCGCAGGACGACGUCAACCAGCAGGUUCCAACAAGACGGAAAAGUACAGCCGGCCAAGAGGACUUGAUAAUACCCUCCCAAAGGGCUCGAGCUACGAAAGACUUUGCAUCGGUCAGCCCUUUGACGACGGGGCACUCAACUUGCUGCUGAUGGCAACUGGACAAGAUUGA